AGGGCAAGUGGUACUCGCUAGCCAUGGCAGAUGAGAAAAUUCAGAAUGAAACGAAAAAGGUAUACAUGCACAGUGUCGUCUACAAUCUGAGGCCUGACGGCAGCUACCACACUACCACCAGGCUAUACAGGCCAAUUUUAACUCUUGUGCUUUUGCCACCACUCAAUGAUGAUCCUCGCCUGGACUGCCAUCGGUUUAAUGAAACCUUCUCUCUAACUCAUGAUAUAAAGCCAUUCAUCAGAGAAGACACAAGUGGUCAUCUUGGCGUACCGAGACAGAGCAAGAUCUUGUUAUCUACCAACUACAAUGAGUUUGCUGUGCUGUCCAUCGUGAAUGAGUUCGAAGACAAUGUGUCUGCCAGACUCAUGCUCUAUGGGCGAAACAAGACACUGACUCCCCAAGCGAAGGAGCACUUUGAUCUCUUCGUCAAGUACCUUGACCUCACUGAUGAGAACAUUUUCUUCUACCUCCCAACUGAGAGAUGCAUCGAUGACUUGUGAGCAGACAGUGCCUCCUGUCUCUCCCUCACUCUUCUUCCGGUCACUGCUGUCCAAGAUGCCCUCUGGCUGCCACCUGGUUACCACUAUCAAAAUGCCAAUGAGAGCACUGGCAGACCCUUCUUACCAUGCAGUGCAGCCUGCCUCUGUGUACCAAAAGCCACUCUGCUUCUGGAGUCCCCGUGGA